AUGUUUUUAUUACAGUUUCGUAGGUUAUUUAGAACAUUAGGGCAGAAUAGUAUGAAAAUGGAAGUAUCCACAAAUCAGAAAUCAAUAAAAGAGGGAAAAGCAGAGAUAUAUUUAACUACAGAGAAAGUAUUUUACAACCCCGUGCAGGAGUUUAAUCGUGAUUUAAGUAUAGCUGUUUUGACAAUAUUUAGCGAAGAUUAUAAGACUGAGAAACUUGCUAAAGCACAGCAGAAGACUAUGAAUAAAAAAGAGCUUAUAAGAGAAGAUGUAGAAGGUACAACGGGCAGUGAACAGCUGGAUAUUACAAUCCUGGAAGCAUUAUCUGCAACAGGGUUAAGAAGUAUCCGUUAUGCAAAAGAAGUGCCAAACGUAACAAAAAUAGUGGCUAAUGAUCUGUCUCUGCAGGCAGUUGAGACUAUCAAAAGUAACAUUGUGCAUAACCAAGUGGAAAACAUCAUUGAGACUAGUCAUGACGAUGCAUGCAUGGUGAUGUACAAGCACAAACAUCAUUCAAAUCGUUUUGCAGCUAUCGACCUAGAUCCGUAUGGAUGCCCUUCUGUCUUCUUAGACUCAGCAGUGCAGAGUGUACAAGAUGGGGGCCUGCUCCUCAUAACUGCAACUGACAUGGCUGUACUAGCAGGAAACUCGCCUGAAACUUGUUAUUGUAAAUAUGGUGCUGUUAGCUUGAAGACCAAGUGCUGUCAUGAAAUGGCAUUGCGCAUAAUGUUACAAUGUAUAGAAUCUCACGCAAAUCGUUACAGCCGUUACAUAGUACCAUUAAUCAGCAUAUCAGCAGACUUUUAUAUACGAGUGUUUGUUAAAGUUUAUUCUGGUGCUAUACACUGCAAGAAAACUACUAGCAAAUUAUCUAUGGUAUAUCAGUGUACGGGUUGUGAUAACAUAACAUUGCAGCCGCUAGGUGGGUUCAAACCCAACCCGUCUGAGAAAAACCCCGCACAGAUGAAGGCGUACCUGCCAGCGGCGCCACCUGUCGGAGAAUACUGUGUUAAUUGCCAUCAGAGACAUCAUGUAGGUGGUCCAAUCUGGUCCGCGCCAAUCCACGACCACGUCUUCGUAUCUAGGGUACUGUCCCAUGUGGAAGACCACCCUGAACUAUUCGGCACCGCCAAGCGGAUAGCAGGUGUGUUGGCCAUGGUUCGAGAAGAACUGCAGGAGGUGCCACUGUAUUAUACUUUGGAUAAACUGUUUGGGAGAGUUCAUUUGGAGACGAUGCCCAUGUUGAUUAUGAGGUCGGCGAUAUUAAAUGCCGGUUACAAAGUUUCAUAUUCCCACGCGUCAAAGAUGUCAUUGAAGACAGCUGCGCCCGCGCAGGUCAUUUGGGAUAUCGUACGAACGUGGGAGAAAACCCACCCGGUGAAACCAGCGAAAUUAGAAGCUGACCCUGUGACGAAGCACAUACUGUCUCAAGAUAUCAAAACACCGGUAGACUUAAGCGAGCAACCUGACGCGAACCCUAUCAGCCGAAGAGAUGGCAAACUUCGGUUUCAAACCAAUCCGGCGCCUCAUUGGGGUCCUGGUUCUAGAGCGGCUGUCAAUGUGGGUGAGGAGAAAAUGUCUAAGGCGAUACGAAAUCAGAACAAGUGCUCAAAGAAUAAGAAGAGGCAGCAUUCACCGCAGAGCGACGACGAGAAGAGGAAAAAGACGGAUGCUGAUACAGAAAUUAAUGUUUAA